UGCACAACCAACCAAGAGAGCCAUCUCUGUUAUUGUGUGCUUAACCUUUAAAUCCCACCCAAUCGCGCACAUGGCGUCUCGAGAAACCCCAACAAAAACAGAGCCCGCGCCAAAACAGAGAGGCCACAGCAAAGCCUUCCGCAUGAUUCUCUCGCUCUCCAGGAAUUUUCCUUUCGUUUCGUGGAAAUCAGGUCAUUUUUCUCGCACUCUCCGACCAACCGUACCGACGACUAUCAUUUCCCGGAAGAACAUUGGCCUCCACAGUUGGCCGACGGCCUCGACGACUGGCAGUUCGUGUUCGCAACUCCACUCGGACGGAUACUAGUGUGCCUGUUUGUUUCGAACCCCCACCUUGAUCCUGUGUAGUAGAAGACCCACCACCACCUGUGCUCCUUUCCGGUUCGCUUCCGCGUGCGACGCGUCGUCUAUCUCUGUCUGUCCCAAGGGAAAGCGCGUUCGAAUAUGUUGUAUAUACAUAUUCUUAUUUUCCCACCGCUUUGGUUGGUUUGAAGUGCACGCAGAGUCCUUUCGGUGCAGGUCCUUGAGUGAGUGGUGAAAAGAGUUCAAGGAGUGGUGAAGAGCAGCCGGAUUUUGUUCAAUCUAAAGUGCGAUUUCCCUGUUUGCGGUGAAUCUAUGCUUUUCGCCACGGAUGUCUAACAUGUGUCAAAUUAUUUGCUGUACAAUUUCUUUCCGUGAAUAAUUGAGCCGUCGUCGAGGGAAAGCAUUCAAUGUGACGAGGACGAGACCGAGCUGGGCUCCGACAGAAGGGAGGAAUCCGAGGAAUCUGUGUGGGAAAAUUGAGUUUUCGUGUUGUUGAUGCGGGUCCAAUCGGAAUCGUAUAGUUAAAUGGGAAAUUUCACUGCAACCGAGUGCAGAGCACACAGCUCGGUGCGGUCGUACACGACAAUAAUGCUGUCCCAGUGCUGCAGUGGAGAGCGGCAACUGCGUCGACAACAGCGUCAACAACGACGACGACGACAAUGCUCGCUCACAUUGCCGCAGCAGUGGCUAUAAAAAUCAGUGAAGCUGAAAGUGACAUGCCACCCCGUUGAACUGGGGGAAAAAAAAGUGAGUGCCGGACGUUUCCUGUGCUAAGCUCUACCACGGAUGAAACAUGCGUAUGAAGUAUGGGAAGUUGUUCAUCGUUUUUAUGAUUUGCUUCAAUUUGGUAGUGUUUUACUAUUCCUGGAAAUACUUUCUAACGAGUACCAAUUUGCUGGCGGAAACGUUCAGCAAUCGAGAGCAGCGUGAUACGGGCGAUGAGCUUAACAGCUUUAGUUCCCAUGAUAGUUCGCUACUGUUGGAAAGUGUUCGAAUAACUUCCAGGGAUCGGGACAGGUCGACGAAAGUUACCAAGUUCAGUCGAAUACGAGACCGGAUACAAAAUACUAACAAAUUUCUGAAGAAAAGUCUUACUGUGAUCUUUCGUGAUUUUUACGACUUCGAUAACGACCUUACGCAGUCAAUUGCUAGUGUAACGAACCUUAUCCCGAAUGUGCAAGUUUUCGUCAUAUCACCGGAGAUUCCAUAUCCGCCUCUAGACAUAUUCACCAAUCCUGGUCAAUCGACGAAUCAAACCACGUGGUUUGAAAAAGACAGCAACGUCAAGUUUUUCAGCCUCGGCUACGACGUUACGAAAUCCCUCAAAGACACCCUACCGAUUCUGCAAGUGCAAACCAAAUAUGUCUUAUUCCUGCCGGACAGUGUUCGUUUAAAUGGCCGCUCCCUGCUGACCCGUAUGCUCCGUGAAAUAGCCACCCCCUCCCAGAACGAGCUGCUUCUCCAGCAGCACCAGAAUGUCCUUCUGCGGCAGAACAAUCAAGCGGUGGAGAAUAAAAUCGACCUCAACCAGAAGCCCGAACGGAGGAUAAUUGCGGUUCCGUUCGCAGGGAACCCAAAGUCCACGGCCAACUGCUGCCAUCUGCUGCUGGAUCUUCCCAACUGGACCCUGGAAUACGUGACCGGCAACGACACCGACAGCUGUGACAUGUACAAACAGAAACACGCCAUCCUAGUGGAAACGGCUCUUCUAAAGGAGAUGCCCGAUACAUUAUCGUCUCCAUUUCCGGAUCUGUUCUACAUCCAAGCCAAACUGGCCAACGUCAAGAAAGUUCUCCUGAAUGCAUCGUUCCAGGACGGCAAAAAACUGUUCACCUCGUACCACACCAAGACCAAGCGGCGCAAUUUGCGUAAGGACCAGUUCCGAGCGCUCUAUCGCAAGCUGCAAAUCAAAAAGGUGGUGCACAAAAACUACCUUUAUGACAAGUCCAAACUUGCCAAGCGGAAACUGAUCAAGAGCUUCGAGCAUAACAAUCAGACCAUUUCGCUGCUGACGGAAAUCAGCUUCUACGGGUGCGAGAAGCAAACGAAGAGCUGCAUCGGCCAGGUGUACAACUCGCAGCCGUUCUACACGUACCUGGGGAGGCACACUCCGCCGUGCUGUCUGGAUAAGCUCAAAACCGUCUUCCGGCACGUGGUCGAUGAGUUCGAGAACGUCGGCAUCCGCUAUUGGUUGGAUAACUAUGCGCUGAAGAAUGCCAUCGAGUUGAAGUCGCUGUCGCCGGAUGCGUACGAAAUCGAUGUGAGCUUUAACAGUGACGACGUUCAACGGUCGGUCGCACUGCGGAAGGCCCAAACCAAACCAUACACCGACGGGGACGGGUUCCACUGGCUGAAGGCCACCGACGGGCACUACUUCCGGGUGCAAUACUCGAAGGUUAAUCAGAUUGCGGUCAAUUUGCUGCCGUUCGACCUUAGCGGUGAAGUGGUUCGCCCCAACGGGUUCUACGGCUGGAAGGCGAAGAAGUUUUCGGUGGAAUUUCUGCAUCCCAUGUCGACGGUGCUCUUUUUGGGCAAGCCGAUUAUGUGCCCGAACAAUGUGAUGGAGUAUCUGGAGACGAAGGGUGUCAAGUAGGAUAGUGUUGGGAAAUAUGGGGGUUGACGAGCUUCUGUGAUAGAGAACGGUGCUGUUGCUGUUGAAAGGGAUUGAAGCGGGUGCGAUGAUGAAGUGAGAAAAAGAUGACACUCGGGACGGCUUGUAAAUAACUAAGUAGCUAGCGCUAGUAGAACACUUGAGAAAGUAGGUUUAGCGGGUAGGUAAAUCAUUGUGAGUAUUUUAAUAGAGAAAAAGGUCGUGCCUGCGACGCUGGAGUUUUGUUUCUAGAGCAAAUUUAUUAUGGAAGUUUAAGCGGCUUUUGUGCCAAUCAAGGGUUUUAUUAUGUGGAGCUGUAUGUAAAUGAAAGUAAUUAUAAUGCUAAUGCAAGGUGAUGAACUAAGAUUGGAAGCUGUUCAUAAACCACGUAGAACAAAAUUUGGUCAUU